AUGAAAUAUGGACGUGGUGCUCCAGAAUGCAAGGCGAUUGCCAUGUGCUGGAGAACUGCGAGGCAAGGGGCGUGUCUAGCAGCUCAGGGCCCUAUGCAUGCCUCCUUAGUUCCAAGAAUGGUAUGGUCCACCACCAGCAUUGUCUGCCAAGCUCAUCAACUACCACCUGGACCUGAGCUUCAUGAAAAUCUCGGGGCUGGUUUCACGCAAGGUCAUUCUUGCCCACAAGCCCGCCGACACGCGACGAUGUUCCCAGUCUUGUGGCACUGCUGUCAGUCUCGGACCGUCCAUGUCUCUGCAAGGCACAUUGGAGGACCGUUCUGGUCGUUGCUGGUAACCGGCCUCCUAACGCGGACCGUAACAACAGUGACGGGAAGUCAGUGGAACACCAUACCCACUACGACUCGGACUACAACGACCCAGACUGUCACCGAGACCGCCUUUUCAACAAUUUUCCCGGCAAGGAAGCGAGAGAGAAAUGCGCUUCGAGCUGAAGCAAAAGCUGAACUCGACUCUACUGUUUCGGCCGUCGUAGCUGGCACCCCUGCCCCAUCGCCAACAAACAGCCAGAUGUCGUCCAUGGACACGGCUCUUAGUACUGCUUGCACCUGCUUGAAUGUUGCUCCAACAGCGACCGAGACUAGUAUCUAUACAGCACCCACUUUUACGACCACCUUGUACGCCUAUGAUCGGGAAGUAGUCACCUCAAAAUUCACGAAAACCGAGACAGUGACGACUACCUCGACCGUAUCGGCUUUGACGCCAGCAACGUCCUUAACCGGGUUCUCAUCAUUCUCGAAUACUUCGGCGCCGGCUACUUCCUUCGUAUCUACCGAUAAUGCUACCAUACCAUCCAGCACGCCGCUGUCAGUGACGACAUUGUAUAGCACAUCAUCAGGUCUUGCCUCAUCGGUAGUGAGCUCAAGCACUUCCGUCUUGCCCACUGCAACCGCCAUUUCGUUUUCUUGUCCUGAAGAUGACAACAAGAAGAUCGCCAACUUUAUUGGAGGCAAGAUGCUGGAAUAUCUGCUCAUGUGCAAUACCGAAUUGAUCGGGGCAACCCCAUUCAUUACUCUCACCACUUCCAAUCAAGACGAUUGCGCAGCCGAAUGCUCAUAUGUGGAUGCAAACUUUCCAGGCUGA